AUGAGCUUCGAGCACCGCAGGGACUGGAGCCGCGGCGGGGGAGGGGGCCCCCGGCCUUCCUCCUCCUCCGCGGGGGGACACGAAGGCCGAGGGGGCCGGGGGCGGCACCCCAGUCACCUCAAGGGCCGCGACAUCGGGCUGUGGUACGCGCGGAAGCAGAGCCAGAAAAGCAAAGAGCCCGACAGGCAGCAGAGAGCUGUGGUACGUAUGGAUGAACACAGGGAAGAACAGAUUGUACAGUUGCUGAAUACUGUCCAGACUAGAAAUGAAAAAGAACAAGAAUCUGUGUCAUGGUGGUCCGGUGAGGAAGAAGGUCAAGAGGUACCUGUAGAGAAACCAACCUUGGCGAAGACUUCUGUAAAGCGCAGACCAAUUUUGGAGAAAACAUUCCUAGAUCGAGAUUCAGAAUAUCUCUUUCAAGAAAAUGAGCCGGAUAUUGAUUUGAAUGAGAAAUUUAGAGAAGAGUUAAGAAAGAAGAAAUUUGAUCCUAGAUACAUUGAAAUGCAGAGAUUCCGAGAGAAACUUCCUUCAUAUGGGAUAAGAAGGGAACUAGUAACUGUGAUAAAUAAUAAUCAGGUGACUGUGAUCAGUGGUGAGACUGGUUGUGGAAAGACUACACAAGUUACUCAAUUCAUUCUGGAUGACUAUAUAGAGAGAGGGAAAGGAUCUGCUUGCAGGAUUGUAUGUACCCAACCUAGGAGGAUCAGUGCUAUCUCAGUGGCAGAGAGAGUUGCAGCUGAAAGGGCAGAAGUGUGUGGUAAUGGCAAGAGUACAGGAUACCAGAUUCGUCUCCAGAGUCGGUUACCAAGGAAACAAGGUUCCAUUUUGUACUGUACAACAGGAAUCGUCCUACAGUGGCUCCAGUCAGACAAGCAAUUGUCCAGUGUUAGUCAUGUUAUUCUUGAUGAAAUCCAUGAAAGAAAUCUUCAAUCAGAUGUCUUAAUGACUGUUAUUAAAGAUCUUCUAAAUGUUCGACCAGACCUGAAAGUAAUACUGAUGAGUGCUACUUUGAAUGCUGAGAAAUUUUCAGAAUAUUUUGACAAUUGUCCCAUGAUCCAUAUACCUGGAUUCACUUUCCCUGUUGUGGAAUAUCUUUUGGAAGACGUAAUUGAAAAGUUAAGAUAUACUCCAGAAGAUACAGAUUACAGACCACGGCGGAAGAAGGGCUUUAUGCAAGGACAGAUAAGCAGACCAGAAAAGGAAGAGAAGGAAGAAAUCUAUAGAGAACGAUGGCCAGAUUAUCUAAGGCAGCUGCGAGGAAGGUAUUCAGCAGGUACUAUAGAUGCAUUAGAAAUGAUGGAUGAUGACAAGAUUGAUCUUGACCUUAUAGCAGCACUUAUCAGACACAUUGUCCUAGAAGAAGAGGAUGGUGCAAUACUGGUGUUUCUCCCAGGCUGGGACAAUAUUAGCACUUUACAUGACCUCUUGAUGUCACAAGUCAUGUUUAAGUCAGAUAGGUUCAUUAUUAUACCUCUGCAUUCACUGAUGCCUACUGUUAACCAGACGCAGGUUUUCAAAAAGACCCCACCUGGAGUACGGAAAAUUGUAAUUGCUACCAACAUUGCAGAGACUAGCAUUACUAUCGAUGAUGUGGUAUACGUUAUAGAUGGAGGAAAAAUAAAAGAAACUCACUUUGAUACGCAGAACAACAUUAGCACAAUGGCAGCAGAGUGGGUUAGUAAAGCUAAUGCCAAACAAAGGAAAGGUCGAGCAGGAAGAGUCCAGCCGGGUCACUGUUAUCAUCUAUAUAAUGGUCUACGUGCCAGCCUAUUGGAUGAUUAUCAAUUACCGGAAAUCCUAAGGACACCUUUGGAAGAACUUUGUUUACAAAUCAAGAUUCUAAGGCUUGGUGGAAUUGCUUAUUUUCUGAGUAGGCUAAUGGAUCCACCAUCUCGUGAAGCUGUGAUGUUGUCCAUAAAUCAUCUAAUGGAACUGAAUGCUUUGGAUAGACAAGAAGAACUGACUCCAUUGGGUGUCCACUUGGCACGAUUGCCAGUUGAGCCACAUAUUGGAAAAAUGAUCCUCUUUGGAGCUUUAUUCUGUUGCUUAGAUCCAGUACUCACAAUUGCAGCCAGCCUCAGCUUCAAGGACCCCUUUGUGAUUCCACUGGGCAAAGAGAAAGUAGCAGAUGCAAGAAGAAAAGAAUUAUCAAAGAAUACUAAAAGUGACCAUCUAACUAUUGUGAAUGCUUUUGCAGGCUGGGAAGAGGUCCGGCGACGUGGUUUCAGAAGUGAAAAGGAUUAUUGCUGGGAGUAUUUUCUCUCUUCAAAUACACUUCAGAUGCUGCUUAACAUGAAAGGACAGUUUGCUGAACAUCUCCUUGCGGCUGGGUUUGUGAGUAGUAAAAACCCCCGAGAUCCCAAAUCUAAUACCAACUCAGAUAAUGAGAAGUUACUCAAAGCAGUCAUCUGUGCUGGUUUAUAUCCAAAAGUUGCGAAGAUCCGUAAAAGCUUUAGUAAAAAGAGAAAAAUGGUGAAAGUUUGCACCAAGACAGAUGGAACAGUUAACAUUCAUCCUAAAUCUGUUAACGUGGAAGAGACAGAAUUCCAUUAUAACUGGCUUGUGUAUCACUUAAAGAUGAGAACUAGCAGUAUUUACCUGUAUGAUUGUACAGAGGUCUCUCCAUACUGUCUUUUGUUCUUUGGAGGAGAUAUUUCCAUCCAGAAGGAUAAAGAUCAGGAUACCAUUGCAGUGGAUGAAUGGAUUGUCUUUGAGUCUCCAGCAAGGAUAGGAAAUCUAGUUAAGGAUUUAAGAGGAGAAUUGGAUGAUCUUCUACAAGAAAAAAUUGAAAACCCACACCCUGUGGACUGGAAUGACACUAAAUCCAGGGACACUGCAGUGCUGACAGCCAUUAUAGACCUAAUCACAACACAAGAGAAUGAAAGUCCCAGAAACUAUGCCUCUCGAUUUCAGAAUGAACGUUACAGUUGACACUAUUAUGUUGGUGUUUGAGAAGAUGACACUUUCACUUGUUUCCUUUUAUUUUAUAGCUUUUUGUCUAACUAGAUAAAAGACUUUUUAGGGCAACUCAGUAAUUCCACUCAUACUGAAGAGCAGUUAAUUUCAGUAGUUUAUAAUGGCUGUAGGUGCAUGGAUCCAAUGUUUAAUGUAGCUUUUUAAAUAUGACAGUGCAAUGCUGUCGGUGUCCAUUAGUGUAUGUGGUUUAUUUUGUCCUGUCUAUACUUGGCUUCUUUAUAACUGUAACUCUUUCAAGGAAAAGGUGUGUAAAAUUCAAAAUAUUGUGUUAUAUUGUACUAAUUCGUCAGAUGUUCCUGCUGUCCAUGGAAAAUAUCACAUUAAGGUUUUUUGGGGAAAAGUAAUCAGGUCUAGUUGAAAGGGGUUCAAACCAAGCAGCAUCUUUCUUUCAAAACUUUCAACUGAAAGUAACUAUUUCAUAUUUAAAUAUAAACUACCUCCAAUUUCUAGACAAAGCAGCUGUUAAAGUGUACAGUGGUAAGAAUCAAAAUAAUCUUCAGAACACUUUUCUCCCUCCUUCAUCCCAAUUAUUCCAUCACUCUUGCUUUUCCCUUUGUACCCAGUGAUCAGUAUUGACUGAAAUGUCAGAAUAAGGCAGUGACUUAUGGUAGAUAAAAAUCAUGGCAGGAAUAAGCUGUGCCAGAUUAGUUACGUUCUAAAUUUUCCUUUAGAAAAUGGAGUAAAUGUAAGGCAUACAUAAUGUUGCAUUAAAUGUUUUUUUGCUAAAGCUA